AUGCUUGAUUUUUGUCUACAACUCUACGCCAAUAACAACAGACUUGCAGAUAUUCGAAAUUUUGCAGAAAACUAUCGACGUGAAGAUUCUAUUUAUUGGUACACAAAAGAAUCUUUUGUUUAUCGAUUUGUGAAUCAAACAUUACGCUUUGGAGAUAUUGACAGCUGUUACGCACUACGUUUUUAUAUUGCCGAUUUAAGUGCACAACUUCACGCAUUAAAAUAUCAACAACAAAAAGUACUGGAGAAAGCAGGAAUGACUAUCCUAUAUCGAGGUAUUCGGCAAUCUGACGAAGAAUUGAAUGUAUUACGAGGUCUCGUUGGCCUUGUCGUUGCUGUUAAAUUUUUCAUGUCAACAAGUCGAAAUAAGGAUAUUGCAUUAACAUAUGCAUCUCCAUCCGAUUGGCAAGCAGAUAAUUCACGAUCAUUAUUGCUUGAAAUUUAUGUUGAUUUGAGUUCGCCUGCAAUCAUCGCUGCUGAUAUUGCUGGUAUGAGUAAUUUUGAUGAAGAAAACGAAGUUCUUUUCGAUAUUGGUAGUACAUUUCGAGUUGACAUGCUCACAUUCGAUAUAUCAAACGCUUGUACAUGUUUUGCUCUACUUCGUUUCAUCUACUCCUAA